GGGGGGGAGCCUGUCCCGCGGGUCAGCCUGCCCUACGACUCGGCCGAGAGAGUAGUGCAGCGCUUUGAGGUGCCUGGGGUGUCCAACUACACGACCCUACUGCUGAGCCCUGACGGUGAGACCCUCUACCUGGGGGCACGAGAGAUGCUGCUGACCCUCAACACCAGCAACUUCCAGCACAGCUCCCCAGUUCGCAGGCUGCUGUGGAGUGCAGAUGAGGAGAAGAAGAGGCAGUGUGUGUUCAAGGGCAAGGACCCCCAGAGGGACUGUCACAACUACAUCAAGCUGCUGCUGCAGCUGAACAGCACCCACCUGUACACCUGCGGGACCUGCGCCUUCAGCCCGGCCUGCGCCUACAUCAAUGUGCAGCGCUUCAGCCUGGAGCGGGACGCGUCGGGGAAGGUGGUGCUGGAGGACGGGAAGGGACGCUGCCCCUUCGACCCCGAGUACCGCUCCACAGCUGUCAUGGUCGACGGCGAGCUCUACGCCGGGACCGUCAGCAACUUCCAGGGCAACGAGCCGACCAUCUCCCGCAGCCAGGAGAGCCGCAUCGCCCUCAAGACCGAGAACUCCCUCAACUGGCUGCAGGACCCAGCGUUCGUGGGCUCAGCCUACCUGCGGGAGAGCCUCCCUGCCGGCAACCCUGAGGGCGACGACGACAAGGUCUACUUCUUCUUCAGCGAGACCGGGAAGGAGUUUGACUAUUUUGAGAACACCAUCGUCUCCCGCAUCGCCCGUGUGUGCAAGGGCGACCAGGGCGGGGAGCGCGUGCUGCAGCGGCGCUGGACCACCUUCCUGAAGGCACAGCUGCUCUGCUCACACCCUGAGGAUGGGUUCCCCUUCAACGUGCUGCAGGACAUCUUUGUGCUCACCCCGGGCGAGCUGCGCUGGAGGGAGACGCUCUUCUACGGUGUCUUCACCUCGCAGUGGAACAAGGGUGGGCUGGGCAGCUCGGCCGUGUGCGCCUUCCCCAUGCGCAGCGUGCAGCGCGCCUUCGGCGGGCUCUACAAGGAGGUGAACCGCGAGACGCAGCAGUGGUACACGGACACCAGCCCCGUGCCAGAGCCCCGGCCGGGCACGUGCAUCACCAGCCACACACGGCACAUGAAGAUCAACUCGUCGCUGCAGAUGCCGGAUCGGGUGCUGAACUUCAUCAAGGACCACUUCCUGAUGGACAGCCCUGUGCGCAGCCAGCCGCUGCUGCUGCAGAGCCAGCGGCGCUACCAGCGCAUCGGCGUGCACCGCGCGCAGGGCCUGCACGGCACCUACGACGUGCUGUUCCUGGGCACGGACGACGGGCGGCUGCACAAGGCUGUGCGGGUGAACCGCGGAGUGCACAUCAUCGAGGAGAUCCGCCUCUUCCCCGACGGGCAGCCCGUUCUCCAGCUGCUGCUGGACCACGACAAGGGCCUUGUCUACGCAGCCACCUACUCAUCAGUGGCCCAGGUGCCCUUUGCCAACUGCAGCCUGUACCGCAGCUGUGGGGAAUGUGUGCUGGCCCGGGACCCCUUCUGCGCCUGGAGCUCCAACGCCUGCCGCAGGGUCACCCCACACCCCCCGGCACACUCACAGCGCGGGGCGCAGGACAUCGAGGGUGCUGACACGGAGCGGCUCUGCCUGCGGGCCAACGCCUCCCAGCCCCGGCCCCGCAUCCUCCUCACCUCAGCCUCGGGCACCCCGUGCCAGCAGAUCCAGCUGCCUCCCAACGCAGUGCAGUCCCUGCCGUGCCAGCUGCUCUCCAACCUGGCCACACGGCACUGGCUGCACAACGAGGUGCCUGUCAAUGCCUCCUACCUGGUGCUGCCCGACGGGGCCCUCAUCCUGGUGGGCAGCCCGGAGCGCGCGGGCACCUACGAGUGCUGGUCUCUGGAGGAGGGGUUCCGCAAGCUGAUGGCCAGCUACUGCGUGGGCGUGCGGGAGCCAGCCCUGGGGCCGGCAGACUCGGGCGGGAGGGUGGCUGCCGGCCGUGACGCCCUGGAGACGGUCAGCACGUCCCGCAGCACCUCGGCGGUGGGCAGCGCCGCAGCGCGGCUGGAGGGCAAGACCUACUGGACCGAGUUCCUGGUGAUGUGCGUGCUCUUCGCUGCUGCCGUGCUGGCGCUGGCCUUCUUCGUGCUGCACCGGCACCGCGACGGCAUGAAGGCGCUGCUGGAGCCCGGCGACCCCGGCAGGCACCAGAAGCCGCCCCGCAAGCCGGUGGAGAGCCUGCCCCUGAACGGCAGCAGCCUGCCCAGCACGGCUCCCGAGCACAAGGGCUACCAGGCCCUGCAGGACAACUACAUCGUCAGCACCCCCGUGCACGAGCCCCCGGGCCCCCCGCGCGCCUUCUCUGAGUCAGAGAAGAGGCCUCUCCACGUGCGUGACAGCUUCGUGGAGGUGUCUCCCGCCUGCCAAAGACCCCGGGUGCGCCUGGGCUCCGAGAUCCAGGACUCGGUGGUGUGACGGGGCUGAGGCCGAGCCCUCGGCCACUGCUGCCUCUGCUGUGCUGAGCCUCGCUGGACGGUGCGCGGCUGCCAGGGCCCGUGCUGGGCGUG